ACCUCCUCCAUGGCAGCACACACCUGUGAACGUGACCUGGAGCAGCUUGAGAGCGGGGAGGAGAGGGAUCACAAUGAUUUACCAGAAUCUCAAAGAGACUUCCAUACUGCCUCAGGAGCUGUGUCCAGAGAGUCCAGGAUGGACAGGGUGUCGUUUCGAGGAGACGAGCACCGGACCUCCAUCACAGAACAGCAGCAGGUGGAGAUGGUGCAGGAGACACCACGCAGCACGACAAACAAAAAUAAACAAAAGACCUACAACCUACGCCGCAGAAAUCAUGUCAGCCAGUGGCCGCUCGCCACCUACAACAUGAACAACUGCAACAACACAGACGACAAAAAAGAUGACAAGAAGGACGAAGUGAAAAAGGACGAGAAGAAGGAUGAAAAAAAGGAUGAAAAGAAGGAUGAGAAGAAGGAUGAGAAAAAAGAUGAGAAGAAAGAUGAGAAGAAGGAUGAGAAGAAGGAUGAGAAGAAAGACGAGAAAAAAGAUGAGAAGAAAGACGAUAAAAAGGACGACAAGAAAGACGACAAAAAGAAAGAAGAACCUCCAAAGGAGUACUGGGUUAUGGAUCCUUCAACUGACUUGUACUACCGCUGGCUAACAGUAGUUGCCGUACCCGCAUUCUACAACUUGAUGAUGCUCGUGACAAGGGCUUGUUUUAAUGAACUUCAAGCAAAUUAUACUUAUCUAUGGAUUGCACUCGACUACACAUCUGAUGUGAUCUACUACAUAGACACCUUUGUCAGAUCAAGGACAGGUUUCUUGGAACAGGGACUGUUGGUGAAAGACGUAGUGAAGCUGAAAGAACACUACAAGACCACACCGCAGUUCAAAUACGACAUGAUAUCCAUGAUCCCGACCGAUAUAAUCCUGCUGCAAAUCGGCUACAACAACCCCGAAGUCCGUUUCAACCGCCUGUUGAAGAUGGCGAGGCUCUUUGAGUUCUUCGACCGGACCGAGACCAGGACCAACUACCCGAACAUCUUCCGAAUCAGCAACCUGGUGCUGUACAUCUUGAUCAUCAUCCACUGGAACGCCUGCAUCUUCUUCGCCAUCUCCAAAGUCCUGGGCUUCGGCUCCGACACCUGGGUGUACCCCAACAUCAGCCACCCGGAGUACGGGCGGCUGGCCAGGAAGUACAUCUACUGCCUGUACUGGUCGACCCUGACGCUCACCACCAUCGGAGAGACGCCGCCGCCCGUACGGGACAUCGAGUACCUGUUCGUCGUCACCGACUUCCUGAUCGGCGUGCUGAUCUUCGCCACCAUCGUCGGUAACGUCGGUGCCAUGAUCACCAACAUGAACGCGUCCCGCGCCGAGUUCCAGGCCAAGAUCGACUCCAUCAAGCAGUACAUGCAGUUCCGUAAGGUCACCAAGGACCUGGAGGCCCGGGUCGUCAAGUGGUUCGACUACCUCUGGACGGAGAACAAGACCUGCGACGAGAAAGAGGUGCUGAAGAACCUCCCCGACAAGCUGAAGGCCGAGAUCGCCAUCAACGUGCACAUGGACACGCUGCGUAAAGUCCGCAUCUUCCAGGACUGCGAGGUGGGCCUGCUCAUCGAGCUGGUGCUGAAGCUGCAGCCCCAGGUGUUCAGCCCCGGCGACUACAUCUGCAAGAAGGGCGACAUCGGGCGCGAGAUGUACAUCAUCAAAGAGGGCAAGCUGGCCGUGGUAGCGGACGACGGGGUGACUCAGUUCGUCGUGCUGAGCGACGGCGCCUACUUCGGCGAGAUCAGCAUCCUCGGCAUCAAAGGCAGCAAAGCCGGCAACAGGCGAACGGCCAACAUCCGCAGCGUGGGCUACUCUGACCUCUUCGCCCUCUCCAAGGACGAUCUCAUGGAGGCCCUGCUGGAGUACCCCGACACCAAGAAGGCCAUCGAGGAGAAAGGCAAAGCCAUCCUGAUGAAGGACAACCUCAUCGACAUGGAGCUGGCCGCCGCCGUAGGGGACCCCAAGGACAUGGAGGAGAAGAUCGCCCUGCUGGAGAGCCACCUGGAGGUCAUGAACGGCAAGCUGAAGAAAGUCAUGUCUGAAUGGACUGACAGCCAAUGCCGACUGAAGCAGAGGAUCACAAACAUGGAGGCCAGAUGCCGAACUCUGAGGGAGGAAGAUCUCUCAGAGGUUGUGGCCGAUAAGAAGCCGGAAGAAAAGAAAUAGAGACUUGCACAGUAUUAUAAUAAAAUGCCUACGUAGGAACCUGUAUGUGACAAAUUUGCUUAUUGGAAGAACCCAAAGGUUUUUUUAAAGGUUCCUCAAGAGAGCUCAGUGAUCCUUUGAGGAAGCUUCAGUUGCUAUUAUGGAGUUUCAAGUUCUAAGUUCUAAAACGGAGUUAUCUGAGGAACCUUGGAAUUCUUCCCAUUAUUCUUAGGUUCUUCAGGGAAGUUUUCAGUUUCCUCAGAUAGCGUUUAGGUUUCCCUAUGGUGCAAAGGUUGAGGAAAAAAAAUCACAUGGAUUU